UCAAUGUCAGUUGUAGCGAAGGUCGUCGAGUGAAACGUAGCGCAAACGAAAAUUUCUAAACAUUGCUUUUAUUUUCCAUUUUUAUUAAAAAAGCGUUUAAAAUCUGUGCUGAAUACCGUCAAAAUGGCUUCUAUACCAUUAAUGUACGCUCAAGAGGACUGUGAGCUGGGUGGAAAGGAGAAUAUUGAGGAUGAUUUUGCAUACCGCAACAAUGUGAUGAGUGCAGACAAGGAGAUCCGUCUUGGGUUCAUUCGUAAAGUGUAUGGGUUACUGACCAUACAGCUGCUUGCCACGGUUGCUAUAGCCGGAGUGUUCCUACUGUGCAAACCAGUGCAGGGCUUCAUCCAUCGGAAUGAUUGGAUGCUGAUGAUAGCAUUUAUUCUAAGCUUGGUCACACUGUUCGCGCUCAUUGCCAAGCGGCGAGAUUCUCCGGCCAAUCUGUACCUUCUGGCUGGCUUUACAGUAGUGCAAGCCUACACAGUGGGUGUGGUGGUAUCGUUCUACGACACGUUCAUAGUGCUGCAGGCUCUCGGCCUGACCUUCGCAGCAGUGUUCGCUCUCACCGUCUACACACUCAACACCAAGAGAGACUUCUCCUUCGUCGGAUAUGGGCUGGUUGCCGGUCUCACAGUGCUCAUCAUUGGAGGACUUCUCCAAAUCUUCAUCCAAAGCUCGGCUUUCGAAAUCGCCCUGUCCUUCACCGGGGCAGUCCUCUUCGGCCUCUUCCUCAUCUUCGACACCCAGCAGAUGAUGACCACACUAUCCCCCGAGGAGUAUAUCCUGGCUACGAUCAACCUGUACAUGGACAUCAUCAACCUUUUCCUGUACAUACUGCGUAUCCUCAAUGAGUUGAAUAGGAAUUAGAUGCGAAGGGAAUGUCCACAGUGGUGCGUAAAUGUUUCUUCUGUACUUUUAGUAUUAGCCAGUCAGAGAUGGUAAAGAUAUGAGCGUUAGGAGGGGGAGCGAGAUAGAAUUAUAACUCUGUCUCUAUCUCUAAGAUAUUAAACACCUUUCACCAUCCGCGAUUAGCAUCUAGUUUAACGAAGUUGUGAAAGAUUUAAAGUUGGAAAAAAGGCGAAAGUUUUCGUAGAAGAUAUUUAGAAAUUAAUUUGAUACAAGAGGCAGCCAGAUUAUAAGUAAAUGAUGAAUGAGUGUAGGAUAGAUUAAGAACGGCAGCCCAAAGUUGGUAUACGUUGACUGGAACUAAGCCUUUACAUCAGGUAUCAGGUUUCCAUAAAAAGCAUAUAAGUGCGCAAUGUCGACAAUGUCAAAUAGCAAUAUUGCUUUUUUAUAUGAAUUGCUUCAAUGUGGCCUUUUUACCUUUAACCCCCUGGUUUGGAAGAUGGAUGUAUAUCCAACAAAUGUUCACAACUUCUGCAAACUUAACGAAGUAUUGUCCUUCAGUGUACCUACUCUCUUCUUAUGUAUUUUGUUCAGUCAAUAACACUACGCACCGUGUGAUGUGAAUUAUAACCACUGUGGAAUAUUAAAUACUUACAAUUUUAAUUUGGUCUAUCUUAAAAUGCUAAAAGCAUAACUUUGACCACUUAAUUUAUAAAAAAAACAGUAUCAAAUACCAUUCCACCACAUUAAAUAGUUUAAGGUUGUUUUAUAAUAAAAGAGCAAUAAUUUAUUUUAUCACAAUUCUAUUUUGACUGAAAAUUAUUUCUAUUUUGAAGGAAGCUUUAUGGAGCAAAGGAGUUUAUAUGCAAAGGCUGUGAAAGCAAAUAAUGUAAUAUAC